AUGUUUGGAGCUGAGAAACAUAUGUGCCAACAUUGUGGAGAACGCUUGAAGACGGAGAUCAUCGCAAAUAAAAGCGUAGAGAUCAGAGUCGAUAUGGGAGUGAGAACUGCAAUCAGAAUAAAAGCGAAUCAAUCGGAUAUCAUGAUACACGAUAAGAAGCGACGUGAAGUAAUCCUGAUUGAGGUUUGCAUCACUGGUCAGGAUAGGUUAAAUGCAGUCGAGAUCGAGAAAAAGGGAAAAUAUGACCUACUUGGUAAUAAGCUUGGACCACGUCGAGGCAUACAUCCAGUCGAUAGUUCUCAAGAAGAGGCUCGAAAGCAUCUCCUUCGACAGUCGAUAUGGAUUCCACGAGGACGAAGCGAGAACGAUGAGUACAACAAAUCUGAGCGCGAGACAAGUACUGUCAGAGUGCUGGAAUGCGACAUAGUGCCAAAACCAAUGAAGAUCGAAAAUUAA